AUGUCAGAAACAUUGGGAGACGAAUAUUACCCAUCAUUUGCCCCAUUUUUAGGAUUUGCUGGCUGUGCUGCUGCCAUGAUGUUAUCCUGUGCAGGAGCUGCUAUAGGUACAGCAAAAUCAGGAAUUGGUAUUGCCGGUAUUGGUACUUUUAAACCAGAAUUGAUUAUGAAAUCAUUGAUUCCCGUGGUCAUGUCGGGUAUUUUGUCAGUGUAUGGAUUAGUAGUUUCAGUAUUGAUUGCUGGUGGAUUAUCGCCACAAGAGAAUUAUUCAUUAUUCAAUGGAUGCAUGCAUUUAGCCUGUGGGUUAGCUGUGGGGUUUGCUUGUCUUGCCUCAGGUUAUGCCAUUGGAAUUGUUGGUGACGAAGGGGUGAGACAAUUUAUGCACCAACCCCGUUUAUUUGUUGGAAUUGUGUUGAUAUUAAUUUUCGCUGAAGUCUUGGGAUUAUAUGGAAUGAUUAUUGCCUUGAUUUUGAAUACUAAGGGGAGUGGUUAA